UUCCCAACUUCGCACAUACUAUUAAACUAAUUCAUCAUAUCCCUAUUCUGAGUAGAAAAGGCAUUUUCUUAGAUAUUCUAUUUUAUCCUAUAAAGCUCUCGUAUUGCUGGAGUGUUCAGUCAUCUAUUAUAUCUGGUUACGAUAAACCGUUUACGAAGUCGUUCGUAAAAUUUCAAACUACCAAGGCCUCCACGAAAUCUUAACAAGAGGCAAUUCCUUGUUUUAUAUUAGAUUAUUUCUAUUUUAGUAUUGGCAACCAUGUCCUCGAUGCUGAAUACUAUGAAGAGCUACUUGCCUGGCAGGAAUAUGUCAAUUUUUUUGGGAGUGGUGGGCUGCAUAUCCGGUGGUAUUUACUACGAUACUCACCAAAGAAAUUUAACUGUUCAAAAGUAUUGCUCCCAGGUAGCUCAUCUUUCAAAAGCACCUUUGGAGCCUCAAGCUUUGCCGAGAAAAGUUCGAGUAUACCUUCAUGGUCCUCCUGGCGACGGAAUAUGGGUAGCAAGAGAAGAGUUUGAAAAAUAUGUUCGUCCAAUUUUAAAUGCUGCUGCUGUAGACUUUGAAGUUUUUGAAUCCAAAGGGGAGGGUAAUUUACUAGAACAAAUUGCAAGAUCAAUUUGGAAAAAAAGAAAUGGGAUUUCAGACGUACCUGAAGCAGAGAAAUUUCUUAAGUCAUUUUUGAAAGAAAGUGAGGAACCUAGCGUUAAUCUGUUGUUCGGUAGACAUGCCUUGAAAGAAUUCCUCUAUGGAAUUAAGUAUGCUUUCUCCGAUGAAUAUCAUGAAAAAGCAGUAAAUGAAAUGAAGAAGGAACAAGAACCACCCAAAGAAAACCCAGAAACCACCGAAAUCCCUCAAUCAAAUCCGCAGGAGACAAAUGGUUCUGAGUCAUCAGAAACCUCGGAGCAAAAAUCGGCUUCUCCUGCAGAAGACAUUUCACUUAGUAGAAAUCUAACUGUUAAUGAAGAUGUGCCUCCUGGGCUAAUUGAUCUUGUCGCUCUUUUCCCCCUACCACACCUUCUCGGCUUCACUAAUACCCCAAAGCGCAUUUAUCGUUUCUUUAAAAGGAGAUACUUGGCCGAAGAACUCGGUGAGAUUACCAAAAACGUCGUCCUUAAUCUUGAAACUGUUCCUUUUCCAAAGACCGAUGGCCCUAUGUUGUUGCAGGAUGAGGAAGCCGACUGGCCUAAACAGUACACUGCAAGAGAACAUGCUGAUGGUCAUAUAUGGACCGCUCCAUUUAUGGAGAAUACUGAAGAAAGACGAUUUUUUCAAAAUUUAAGAAUCUACAAGACUGGAGAUGACUACGAAGAUAAUCUCUAGCUUUAGAUGACUAGAAGAAAAGAGACUGCACGAUAAGAUCAGUAUAAGAAUAUAAUUUUGAAUUUAUUUUAUAGUAGAAUGACCAAUUUUCGUAAAGCAUCCGU